CUCCUACCACUGGAGUGUCUGGUCAAUGACAUCCUCCUUCACGCCGUUGGCACUUGAGGAAACGCGACUAUGGGUGUCAAGUCAUUAUGGAGCUUGCUAAACCCUGUAGGCAGGCCGGUAUUGCUCGAGAAUAUGGAGGGAAAGACGAUGGCCAUCGACUCUAGUAUAUGGAUCUACCAAUUUCAGGCUACCAUGCGAGACAAAGAGGGCCGCGGAUUGGUGAACGCCCACGUCUUGGGAUUCUUGAGGCGGAUAUGUAAGCUUUUGUUCUAUGGUAUAAAGCCCGUUUUCGUGUUCGAUGGAGGGGCACCGGCUUUGAAGCGUGCCACUAUAGCUGAGCGAAAACGCAAGAAGAGUGGUGCCGCUGCAAGCCAUGUUAAGGUUGCAGAAAGACUCCUCGCAGCUCAGAUGAGGCGUGCGGCUCUCACUUAUGCUCAACAACAGAACUCGGCGAAAGACAAGAGAAAGACGUCUACCAAUAGUCUUACUAUCGGCGAGGAUACCGUUUUUCUAGAGGAUAUCGAUAAUUCAGCACCGAAAACGCCAGCGAAAAAGGGUCACGACGACAAGACAACAGGUCCAUCACCAUUCUCAUCGUCCAAGAAGAAUCGUUGGCACGACCAUGACCCUUAUCGACUGCCUGACGUCAAUCCAGAAGAGCAAGUGGCUAAUGUCACCAAGGCCACGGCUCCAGACCCUCGCCUUGCUACAGAAGAAGAGCUUCAAACCUUCAUCGACGAAAUGCGCCCGGAGGACUUUGAUGUCACUUCCCCCGCAUUUCGUGAGCUUCCUACAGAAGUCCAGUAUGAGAUCAUCGGCGAUCUUCGCCUGAAAUCUCGCCAGACAUCAUAUGUUCGUCUUCAAAACAUGCUGAAAAAAUCUCGUACCCCUCUCGAUUUCUCGAGGCAGCAGAUCAGAAAUCUUCAGCAGCGAAAUACGCUCACCCAACAGCUGUUGACCACCAACGACACAAUUGGUCAGGCCCAUGUUUCGAUUCCUGUGCGCAUUGCUAGUGAGAGGAAUAAACAAUAUGUCCUCGUGAAGAACGAGGGUAGUGAGGGUGGAUGGGUCUUGGGCAUACGCGACGAGGGGACAAAGGCGAAGCCUAUCAAAAUCGAAGACGAAGAAAUAAAGCAGCCAGAUGAUGAAAGUGAAAUGGAAAUGGAAGAGAUUGAAAUACCUCAAUUCGCUGUCGCAGAUCCUGAUUUGCGGGAUUAUCAUCGAGAAACAGCACUCUCUGCUAUUUCUCGAAGACAGUCUUCCAAAGCUGUUCGCUUAUCGAAGGAAUCUACCCCGAGACAAAACACAGAACAAAGGCGCCAGCCACUAUUUGAGCCAGAUGACGACGAGUUACCUUUGCCGCUUCACCAUGAUUUACCUGACGAAGACCCUGAGCUCAUGAUAGCUAUGCAGGAAUCUAUUGAUCAAGAGGAAGAAUCAUAUCUACAGCGAGCUCUAGAGGCCUCGCGAAUGUCUACUGCCGGCCCAUUACCUACGGGAAUAGCCUCUAGCGUCAGUUUCAAUGCAGCAGCUAGUGCUAUCCGAGAUGCAUCGGACGGCGAAGAUCUCUACAUCCCUGGACGUCUUGAGACGGCGCUGGCUAUUGCCAAUGCCGGCCCUCUGCACAAGCCUCUGUAUAUGCCACACAACUCUCCCGUCUCACGAGCAGAGUGGCGCCCCACUAGAUUGUUGAUAUCUAAGACUGCUCCCCGGGCGUCCGCCUCGCACAUCGUAGUGCAUGAAUCUGACGACGACAUGGAAGAGAUUCAAGUCCCACUUGCUGUUUUAGCACCGUCUGUCGAGGCAAAAGCGAGAUUUCAUACAGAAAUAUCACGCACACUUUUAGAGCCUGCUUCUCAUGCGGUCUCGGAAGCUGUGAUGUCCGAAUUUGAUGAUGACAUGGAAGUCACUCUUGCAAGCGAAUCUGCCACUGUGGACAAAUCCUCCAGGAACAUGAUUGCUGGUGGACUUACAUCUUUGUCAUCACAGAUCCCUAUCCUUGUGCUUAAGAACGCAGCAUCUAGCUCAGACGAUGAUAUGUACAUGUCAGUUAACGAAGAUUCAGAGGACGAACCCCUGACAGACUGGUCCCGGUCUCCAUUGCCAGUGACAGGUAGGAACCAGACUGCUGCUCAACCAGUUAGCGAGAAUUGGGAUGCAGCAGAAGAAAUGGACGUUCUCGCCGAGGAAGGCGAGUUCGCACGUUUUGUAUCUCAGGUCAAGGGGAAGGAUCUGGAUUCAGUGCGCCGCGAGAUUGACGAAGAGAUCAAAGCGUUGAACGAGCAGAAGAAAGUGGCAAUGCGAGAUUCGGAGGAUAUCACUCAGCAAAUGAUCUCGCAGAUCAUGAUUAUGCUGCGCCUGUUUGGUAUCCCGUACAUUACCGCGCCUAUGGAAGCUGAGGCGCAAUGUGCGACACUUGUUCAGCUUAAUCUGGUGGAGGGCAUAAUAACCGACGACUCCGAUGUCUUCCUUUUUGGCGGUAUGCGAGUAUUCAAGAACAUGUUCAACCAGUCCAAGACCGUGGAAUGUUUUCGCCUUGCGGACUUGGGUCACGAGCUCGGCCUCGAGCGUGAUAAGCUCAUUCAAUUGGCCUACCUUCUAGGUAGCGAUUAUGUUGACGGCCUUCCAGGUGUUGGGCCUGUUGUAGCGAUGGAGUUGUUAAAGGAGUUUCCUGGAAACGAUGGUCUGCACAAAUUCAAGGACUGGUGGCUAAGAGUACAGUCUGGAAAAGACAGGCCGGAAGACAACAAGAGCAAGUUCCGGCAACGAUUUAAAAAGAAAUUCAAAGACUUGUAUCUGCCUGAUGAUUGGCCCAAUCCCGCCGUGAGGGAUGCAUACUACCAUCCAACGAUUGACGAGUCUGACGAGCCCUUCAAGUGGGGCCUUCCUGAUCUCGACGGGCUCCGCGAUCUUUUUCUAGAGGAGCUCGGUUGGAGUCGAUCGAAAGUCGAGGAACUCCUCCUUCCGAUUAUUCAGAGGAUGAACAAGCGGGGUCAAGCUCAAACUAUGAACAAGCAGGGAAACCUGAACGAUUAUUUUGAUGUGUUAGGACGCAACGGAGCUUCUUCUGCACCGCGGAAGCGUAAUGCGUAUGCGAGUAAGAGGUUACAGCAAGUUGUCAAUGAUUUCAGGGAACAGCAGGCCGCGUCACGGAAAGCGGGUUCCAAAUCAGGGGGUUCGUCAUCUGCAACUCCUGCUCCCGAUGCAGAAGAACUGUCUGAAUCGGAUCAGGAAAAUGAACUUCAGGAUGAUUCCAUUGCGGGAAAAGGGAAGGCCAAGGGGGCACGCAGUGAACGCAAGAUUGACGGCGCUGCCAGAGGCAGAGACAGGGCUAGAGGACGAGGGCGAGCCAGUGCCAGUGCCAGUGCCAGACGGUCCGCUGCAGGUGAAAGUGAGGGUGAGGCAUAUGAACCUGGCGCUGGUGGUACCCGUGCUUCCGAAGAAGUAGAGGUUACACCGCCUUUGGCGGUGAAUCUCCGGCCUCGGGCCCGUCCCGCAUUCAAAAAGAAGUCUGGCGAAUCAAAGAGCGUCGAUGAUGAAAGCGCAAGGUGAAUGUGGGUAUACGUUCCAAUUCAUUGUCCCAUAUAUUACUUUACCACAGAUGCGAUAUAGUAUCGUUUACCUCAUACGCAACGGGGAGAUCUGGAGUGAAUCUUGGAAUUUGUCUGUGAGAUUUUUGAAAUCAGAGCAAUGGUACAAUGUCUAUCUAAUUCUGACAGUUGAUUGAC